CACCACCCCCUCUCCCUCUACACUUCUGGCUGAUGUGCUGGGAAACUCGUUUGGCUCCGGACUGACUGCUUCCUCCGCCUCUGCAGCCGAAAAAAUGCUACAACAUCCUGCGAGCAAGUCCAAUUCACCGCCUCCACCACAUCCACCUGGUACGGCUAAGGCGAAGCGCAGUAUGGUCCCAGUGGCCUGCGGGAACUGCAAGAGACGAAAGAUUAAAUGUGAUGGACAAACUCCCUGCUCUCCAUGCUCCCAGCGGAGUUAUCAUUGCCUCUACGACUCCGACCCCAUGGCGAGACGAUCAGUUACCUUGAAGAGGAAAUACGACGUUGUCCAGACCGAGCGCGAUCAGAUGGUGGAACUAUACGGCCUCCUUCAAGCAAGGCCAGAAGCAGAAGCCCUGGAAAUACUCAAGCGGAUCAGGGCAUCGACUGAUGUGUCGGCUGUUCUGACGCUUGUGCGCGAAGGAGAUCUCUUGGUGCAGCAACCGCCGUGGAAUAAAGUCAUUAGAAACGACAGUUUUGACACGUAUCACCACAAUCGCUCCAGAACACCCCAACGCACCGAAAAACCAAAGUCCUCUGCACCACGUCCGCGGCAGUGUAGAAGCUGCAGCCACAGCUGUCUCCCUCAACCAACACACUGGUACCCCCGAAGUGCAUGUAAAUGUCACUUCGAACCUAUAGCCAACAGGCCCGAUGUCGUAGGGGGACAAAACUGAGCUCUUAUACCGAGAUCUUAAACAUACCAACAGUCGGACAGUGUUUGCCUGAACGGAGGCAUAUCCACACUUUAAAGAUGAUACCAUUGAGGGAAGUAACGGGGACUGGGAGAAAGCAUUCAUGACUACCCCACUCUUGGAUAAGAGUAUGUCGAGACGUUUGAAAUUCAUGAACACGAACUUGUGCUGGCCACCAAGUCGAGGCUCAAGUAUAAAAUCUCGGUUUGUCCGAAGACAGAUACCGGAGGCUCUCAGAUGUAAAUGUUUGUGCAUAUAUAGAGCAAAUUCCGAACAU